AUGGACUGCGAGAACUUGCGGGAAUUUCGGUGUAUUCGUUUCACGGAAUUCAGGAUAACGAUAAAUACUUUAGAAUUGAUAAUUCUUCCACUUAAACAAGCAGCCGCAAAUAUGGGAAGGAUAUUGAUCAAGGUUAAAAUGCAAUCGACUACCUUAACUGCAAAUACUCUAUCGAGGCUCAAAUGCGACCUGUGCCACGGCUAUUUAUCGAUACCGCCCAUUUCCUCGUACCGAGACCAGAACGCCUGCGGCAGAUGCAGCCCGGACUGGCCGCGGAACACCAUCUACGAGCAAUUGGCCAAGUACGCUUCGUUCCCAUGCAUCUACUGCAACGACGACUACGCCUGGGGAUUGAUCCAGCACCACGAGAAGAAGUGCAAAGGCAACCGGCUUCUCUGUCCCGCGGGCAAGGACCGUCCGUACAAAACGGGCGAUCGCCACGAGGGCGAGUACCACAAAAAGUGCCAGCGGAGGGUGCGAUGCCCGUUCGAAUUGUGCCUGGUGGCGUUCGACAUCCAGAACAUCGUGCAACACUUCAAACAAUACCACAAAGACUACGUGUUCACGAAUUCCGUGGAGGCCAAUAAGAUACUAAAAGUGGAAAAAAUCUGGGACUUCAAAUCCGAUACGAAAGUGUGCAUCAUCCAAUUCGACUCCAUUCCGUUUCUCUUGUACAUUCACAGCGAUUGCAAUUUCAACGGCGCCACCGGCGAUAUUAUAUACUACAAUUACUAUUUCAGCGUGUUCACGUUCUGCCUGGAAGGUUGCAAACGCAUCGACUACUCGACGUCGCUACAAGCCUCGUCCCGCGACGAAACCAUCACCAACAAACACCAAAACAUCCAAAUAUACAACGACAAAAUCCACAGCGUCCAAUUCCUGCACAGGGACCUGUUCAAACUCAACAGCUUCGAUUUCAUGACGACCAAAAUCGAGGGGAUCGAACGCGCCGAGCACAUGGCGUUGCGGUACUCCGUGAAAAUCCAACUCCGCGACAAUUCCACCAAAGAACUUCCGGAAACCGUCCACGGCGCGUUCGAUUUGAUCGGCAUCGAACGGCACUUCGAGUGCCCCAUUUGCAAGGAGUACAUGCACCCGCCGAUAUACAAUUGCAGCACCGGCCACACGAUUUGCCGGUACUGCAGGGACAAAUUGUCCACCUGUCCCUACUGCCAGGCGGUCGUCGGUCGGUCCAGGAACUUCGUGCUCGAAGACAUUUUGGAAACGUUGCUGUUGCAAUGCCACAACGAGCACAAGGGCUGCAAGUACGCCGGGCGCAUACAGGAGAUCAAGUUGCACGAAAUGAGCUGCAGCUACAAUUGA